ACUCGCUAAGUUACGCCACCACUUUUUGGGAUCUGCCAGUUUUCUAGAGCUCUCGAGAUGGCCUCCGAAAAGAAAGUCAAGGCCCAAGGUCGCAAAGAUCGUCCGAAAGGCUCAGUUGCGUCUAAAACCAAGAAACAAGCCGAACCGAAAACCGUCCAGCAAAAACCAGCCAAAUCUGAGGCCGCUCCUCCGGCACUUGUCGGCCUCGUUCACCAAUUCCUCCACGAACACGGCUAUACUGGCGCGGCGCUAAAACUCAAGAAGGUGGCCGAGGAGAAGGAAGUGCCUUUGAAGGACACCGCGAAAAGCCUUCCUAAGCUGAAGGAGAUAUUUGAUGAAUGGCAGGAGGAUCGCGAGAUUGACCAGGCUAUCCCUGGUACCUCGAAGAAAGAGGAUUCCAGUUCGGAAUCGGAAUCAGAAGCCGAGGAGGAUGAACCCAGCAAGAGCAUGAACCUGACGGAUGAGUCCGAGGCGAACUCGUCUUCAGAGUCGUCGUCCGAGUCGUCCUCCGAGUCGUCGUCCGAGUCGUCGUCCGAGUCCGAGGAAAAAGAGGAAAAAGUCGAGACCAAACCCGCUGCUUCCCUCAAGCGCAAACGCUCCGAAUCCGUGUCUUCCGAGUCCUCAUCGUCUAGCUCUGCGUCCGACUCCAGCUCCAGCUCCGACUCGUCUGCGUCCAGCGCGCCGAAGCAGAAGCGCGCACGAGUUCAGUCGCCCAGCUCGUCGAGCUCUUCCGAAUCCGACUCCGAUUCCGACUCCUCUACUUCCACCGGAUCUUCUGCCUCGGUGAAAUCCGCCGCUGCCGCACCCGUCAAGGACAGCUCCAGCUCCUCAAGCGACAGUUCCAGUUCCGACGACGAAUCCGAGAGCGAGAAGAAAACCAGCUCAUCCGACUCUUCGUCCGACUCCGAAGCAGACAAAUCAAGCAGCUCCUCCAGCGAUGAUUCCAGCAGUGACUCCGGCAGCGACUCUUCCGACAGCGACUCUGACAGCGCCAAAGCGAAACCGAAGACCCCCAAGCAGAAGGCCGAACCGAAACCGAAGACCCCCAACCAGCCCAAAGUCGAAGCGACCCCCAAAUCUUCCGCCCGCCCAUCUCUGACCCGCAAGGACUCCUCCGACUCCAGCCAAACCCUCGAACGCACCUCGUCGCCCAAUUUCCACCCCUCCCGCCGCGCCAUGCUCGACGCCAUCGACACCCCUGGCGCGCAGAUCCGCCGGGAAAGCGGCAUCGCCUUCCCCUCGCCCGCGAGCGGCGCCCCCACUCCCACCGCCGGCAACAACAGCGGCAAAAGGACGCCUCAGGCCCGGUUCUCCCGCAUCCCCGCCGACACAAAGGUCGACGGAAAGUUCGCGUCGAAUAAGUACGUGCCGUACGACUAUGCGAACCGGGCGUACGAGGACCUGUCGGUGACGAAGGGGAAGGGGUUCACGAAGGAGAAGAAUAAGAAGAAGCGGGGGGCGUAUCGGGGUGGGUAUAUUGAUACGGCGUCGUUCAAUGGGAUCAAGUUUGAUGAUUGAUUGCUGAAUGUCGAUGUGUGUAGAGAAGAAGCAGGAGCCGGUGAAGAAGCAGAAGAGUGAGAUGGAUCGCAGUGGCUCGGAACCGCCUUACAGCGACUUUGAGGAGGAUUACUUGGAGGUUAUGGGGUUGUUUGAGGAUUCUGGUCCGGACUUUGAAUUUGCGUCUGGGGGGUUGCCUGGCAUGUCGUAUUCCGCUACAUUGCCGGGUGCAUGGUUUUGAUUGACGAACGGGAGGAGCGAGAGCAGGCAAAAGCCGAAAGGCAAAAGGUGUUUCUUCGAAUAAAUGGAGUUGUUGGAG